AUGGCAUCGGCACCAGGCACAGACUGGGAAGAUUUACGUAAACAAGCUCGUCAACUUGAAAAUGAAAUUGACGCUAAAUUAAUGUCAUUUUCAAAAUUAUGUUCAAAUUAUGUUGCACGUGAUCACUCAUCUCUUUUACCCUCCUCGCCAUCGGCAUCGUCCUUUGAAACCAUGUCGAUGGAAAUCGAAAAACUUCUCGAACGUUUAGCGGACAUCAACAAACGUAUGACCGAUGCCGUACCUGCACUGCUCGGCCCAAAUACAGCUGCAACACAUACAUUGCAACGACAUCACGAGAUUUGUCAAGAUUAUCGACGCGAAUUCGAACGAACGAAAGCAAACAUACGAACAUUUCAAACACGUGAAGAUCUCCUGGUCAAUAGUAACACUUCCACUUCUGAUAUCAGUUCUCAAGGACUGAACAGUCGCCGACAUGAGCACUAUCUACGAGAAAUGGAACACUUGAAUAACUCACACAACCUAAUCGAUAAACAGUUGGAAAGUAUGGUCAUGUUAAAAGACAAUCUAUUCGGUCAACGGAAGCAUUUCAUGAAUAUUACACAUAAAGUCAAAUCCAUGGCUAAUCGGUUUCCUUUGAUGAAUAAUAUUUUGCAUAAGAUUAAGUUGAAAAAGCAAAAAUUCAUCAUCGACACACGAUUAUCAUUCGUUGAUCAGUACAAGCUAUUCGAUUUAUUAAAAAAGUUACUACCAAAUGAAGACAAUCAGCUAACUUGCCAAGGCUUUCUUUCGUGGCUCGUUUGGCGUGUAGAUCAAUACAAAGAUCAACAACAUGAUGAAAGAGACAUCCACACAAACAAAAGAUUGUUCGAUCAAACAAUCAGAGACCAGAAUGAUGAUUUGUUUCAUAAACAAUUGAGAAUGAGCCGGACGCAUUCCGUAUCCGAAUCAUGCAAUGACACGUCUUUAGCUCACUACACUCAACAGCAAUUGGAGCACGAUGGGAACAAGUCUUCAGAUAUUCAUCAACAGAUCGACCGUUUGCAAUCGAUCGUCCUUCGUCUUGCAUCGAACAUUGAUACUCUCAACCAAAAGUCAAACAUUCGAGAUAGACCACCAUCUUUUUUCGAAACACAUAUCAAACACGAACAUAUCGAAGAUAAUGAACCAUCCGAGUUGGAGAUGGACGAUGAACAUGAAGAUGAAGUAUUAGACACAAACCAACAUUUAGAUUAUCCUGCUAGUACAUCGACAAAUUUGCCAUAUGCAAUUCAUCCAAUGUCUACGAAAACAAUUAUGUACAAUGGACGAAAUAUGAUGAAACAUCUUCGGCCACGGACAACAUUGACUAGUUUUGCUCGGCAUGUUGCUAGCGAUCUGUUUUCACGCGAAGAAAUCAUGGCUAAACUACAUGUGGAUCACAAUAACGAACGGGAUGUCCUUCUUCGACACUGCAUAUGUACAGCUUGGAACUUAAGCGAACAGGAACUGUAUUUGAUGUGGCCCAAAAUUCGGAAUGCUUUGUUACAGCUGCGUCGCGAUGCGAUCGCUGGUAAAUGCAUUCGUAUGGAUGGCAAAAGAAAGUCUCACGAGCACCAGCAUCAACAUAAAUCCGACAAUUUUCAUCAUUAUCAUAGCGAUGACGAUGAUGAUGACACUCCUAUCAAGUCUGACCCUUGUACAUAG